CUGCAUUUUUUGUUAUUUGACGCGCAAUUCAAACGUUGAACGUUCAACAUAAUCGUUUGUAGAAAGCGAUAAGAGCGGAACUGUCGAAGGAAGUGAAAGUGUUACGUAUCAAUAUUUUGUAGCCUUGAUUAAUGCUUGACGAGGAUGAGUUUAGAAGGACAGGUUUUGUUUGGUCAUCAUUGAAGGACAUGUUUAUCAUUCUAUGACUCGGAUCUCUCAGCUGUGUACGUUCAUGAUACAUAUUUGAUGCUUGUCCUCUGGCCCUGGGUUAACGUAUCUGCUGAAAUUACAUUGGUAAUCAAUUUUCUGCAAGCUUCAUUCUUUAUCAAAGGACCCAGCAAACCUCAACAAAAUGGCGGGCGACUACUACGGUCAUACCAACUUAUCUCAACCUCACCACCUCUCUAGUAGUGUCAACGGUAGCACUUCAAGCGAGUGGGACUACGAUGACUACAUCCAAGGAAUUUACGACCAGACUCGUAAGCGAGUCUACCCCGAGAUUCACGAAUACUUUCUCAUCGCGAUCUACUUCAUCAUCUUCUUCGUCGCGAUAGUCGGGAACUCUAUGGUGUGUAUCGCGAUCCUUAAGAACGAUCAUAUGAGAACCGUUACGAAUUAUUACAUUAUGAACUUGGCUACCACCGAUAUUAUGAUCGCUGUUGUCUGUCUGCCGAUCACCAUCACAGUGGAUGUAUCGGAAUCGUGGUUCUUCGGUCAAACUGCUUGCUACCUGAUUCCUUAUUUUCAGCUGGUGUUAGUAUGUGCAUCCAUCUAUACACUGAUGAUGAUAGCAGUGGAUCGGUACCUGGCCAUCUGCCACCCUCUCAAGUUUCAGAUUCGAGCCUCGCGUACCCUCCUCACCAUCGCUCUUGUUUGGGUGGUGUCCUUCUUCAUCGCCCUGCCCGUCGCCGUGGUCAAUGGUCUCGAGUCUCAGCCAGCUUCCGUGCACAUUGGCAAACCACUUUGGCGCAUGUCCUGCACAGAGAGUCGCUGGGUGAGUAAAGUUUGGGAGAAGCUCUAUCACACAGCGUUCUUCUUGGCUGUCUAUAUCGUCCCCCUAGCAGUGAUAGGGGUAGCUUAUACCAGGGUAUGUCGAAGACUGUGGUCUGGUAUCCCUACAGAGGAGGGGCAUGGAGCGUCCAAACCAAGCUUUAACCAGGCCAAUGUCGUGAGUACUACGACGAUCAGCAAGUCAACUGAAGCUCAGCUCAAAUCUCGUCGUAAGGUUGCCAGUAUGCUUAUUGUGGUCGUCGUCACUUUCGCCAUCUGUUUCUUCCCCUUUCAACUACUCAAUGUUCUCAAGAAACACAAUGCGUUUGGUAAUCUUCGAGACGCCUCCAGCUCAGCUCAGUAUAACGCAGUGUAUAUCCCUUACAUCAUCGGGCAUCUCAUGGCUUUCAUCAACAGCGCCAUCAACCCCAUUAUCUAUAACUUCAUGAGUGCAAAAUUUCGACAAGCAUUUAAGUCGAUGUUUGACUGUCUGCCAUGCUGCCGAUCACCACGCCAAUCACCGGCUAUCGAUGGAACAUCUGCUGGCCCCGCCUACCGACGCGCAAACAGCACAGGAGUGUCCGAUACGCAUACCACGGAAUACGUACCCAUGACGUCAAUCAGAAAUGGGCGUGGCGUCAAUAACAACAUCUCCGCGAUGUCAAAGGGAGUGUGAGAUAAGAUCACCUAGUACCCCAGUCACAACCACGAGAUCGAAACCUGACAGACAGCCGAUCGAACAUACAAUUACAUUAUCGAGAAUGUGCAAAAGUCGGGCGGUUUCUAGUCCGUUUUCAAUCGGUUUGGCGGUGUGACCGAUUAUAAAACUCGUGAUUUUAUUGAUGCGAUCAUUACACGGUUUAUAACUUCAUUAUUAUGGCCGCUCAUAUGUCGAGAACAUACUACAUGUAUAGUAUAUAGUCGAUUUUCAUCGAGGAGGAGGAGGAAUUGCAUCAUUUGUCUGCCCCCAACACCCGAUUGUAAUUAGUCAUCAGAAGCACAAAUUGAAUUUGGGUGCUUUACAGACUAGUCGAUCCUGCGUGGUAAACUUACCACUAAAAAAAAACCUGCAAAAAUAGUACUUCAAAAUUGAGAAGAAUGUACUCCAGACCUCACUAACCACCAUCAGGGGACUUUCCCAAAUCAAAUCCCUCUUCUUAACCAAACCAAACAUGCUCCGAUAUCUAGUCGGCUAUACUUCGGGUACUCCCCCGCUUGUGCGUUGGAGUCCCAGUAAUGGUGCAAUGUGUUUGCGGGUAGCGACCCGAUCGGACAACUAUACCUGACACCUUCCCUCGGAUAUCUAUUCCCUAAGACGAUUAUCCCCAGUCAUGGUGGAUGUAUAUAGUUGCCUCCUAUCAACAAGGUAGCAAUUUCGUUCGCAGUAACAUUACUGUUCGGGAGGGGGGGGGGGGGCAACAUUCUCACGGACGAUCGUUCAGAGAAAGUUGUCCGGGUGGCUUACCGUGGGCGGUUAUCCUGACACAGAAAAUAUUAUUGAUUACAAAAAGUGAUAUCUUACUAUAGUGUGAAUUGUUUUUUUGUUUUUUUGUUAUUGAUCAAACUGUUUCCAAAUUUUCAAAUGAAUACUGUCGCGUUUAUUGCCCCAUGAAGAAUGAAGAUGAAUUGCAUGAAUAAACUACUUAUCAUACGAUGUGCGUUGUUUGUGAAACGUGUUAUCUCUCAGCAAAGUGGUAUUCAUUUAGGCUAAGUGAAUCGAUUCAUAACAUAGCCUGAUAACGAUGUAAUGAUUGCAAUGUGCAACAUGUUCACUAUUCUUGCCAUUAUGUUGUACAAUAUUUUAAGGCACGUCGUUGAUGAUUACGUAAUCAUUCAAAAUGUAUAUACAGUACAUUAUAGAUAUACAUACGUUGUGUGUGUUCUUGUAUUUAUCAGAUGCUAGUCAUAUUUUUAUUACUAUUAUGAAAAGGAUUGUGCAAAAUGAUAUCCGAAACGGAUUCCUUGUAAAUAAAUAACUAUUACUCCAAGUUUUCCUGUACUAUUAAUGAAGUGAAUGUCUCUCCGUUGUUUGGAAAUGUCAAGAAAAUAAUUGAUACAUCGAAAAACUUUGCAUUCAUUUUUUAAACAAGCUUAUUAUCAUGAACUAUUUUUAUGUAACAAAUUAAUGGCAGUUAAGAAUAAUGAAAUAAUUGGAUUCACUGCUUGUAGAAAGCUAGAAUAUCCAAUGAUGAUGGAUACUUGUACAUUGCCUGGAACUGAGUGGCAUAUCAAAAAUAGGGUGGAGCCAGGAGGGGGUGGGGCUGCAACCCGGUUUAUCUCCGAUGGGCCUACAAAUAAAACUAGUUAAUAGCAAAAGCUAUACUAACACGUGAGUAUGGGCCAAAUUUGUUCGGGAGGAAAGGGAUUUCCCAAGCAUUCCAUUUUUAAUAAGGGAAUACUUUUUCCCAAAUGUUUAUUUUUUGCUUAAUUUUGCAAGCGACAUAACUUUGUACACGUGGUUGUAGUGACGAUUUAAUCUUGUCAUCAUAAUAUAUAAGCCAAGUAAUAAAGUCGAAGACAUACAAUAAUGUUGGCAACUUUAAAUUAUUAAGGUACACCCCCUCCUCCUCGCUUCGUACAUCUUCGCUAGCAUUCCAGUACCAAGAUAAAUAUAGGCCUAUAUCGGAAUAAAGCAAAACACUGAAGCACUAUUUGCCAAAUAAACAUACAUAUUUUCACAUUUAUUUAUGUUCUUAUUUAUCAAUGUCUUAUUUACUAAUAAUUGUAUCUAUCUACUUUCAUUCAGACCACCGUUGAACAAUAAUGAGAUUAAUAAAAGACAUUAAACAAUUUGUGUGACCAUGUUUAUGACUAAACUCUCUUAUGAUUCAAAUGUGUAUUUUGUAUGUCGCUAAGCACGAUAAAUACUAAGUAUUCGUCUUUAGAAAAUUAUAUAUCAAGAAUAUGUAAAUAUUUUGCAAUCAUCCCAACCAUAAGCUAUAUAAUAAAAGGAAAUCCUAUUAAAUCACCUU